AUGGCUAUACUUAGUGAUCAACCUUCUGUAUCUUCUCAUCCAAAACCUACUACAUCCUCUUUACAAACCGAAAUUCCUUUUAGUGAACCCAGCAUGCGAGAAUGGGUCCACUGGAUAGUAGCAGACAUACCAGGAGGAACAAAUCCUAGUAAAGGGAAAGAGAUUCUGCCUUAUGUUAGUCCUCGUCCACCGGUGGGAAUUCACCGGUAUAUAUUAGUGCUCUUUAGACAGAAGAUGCCGCUAGGGCUGGUGGAGCAGCCACAAUCCCGAGCUAACUUCAAGACUCGUAUGUUUGCUGCUCAUAUGGACUUGGGUCUCCCAGUUGCUGCGGUUUACUUCAAUGCCCAGAAGGAGCCUGCUAGCAGAAGGCGUUAAAGGUUUUUGUUGGGUGCAUGGAUUUACCUGGAACCAACUAGCCCGGCUUGAUGUUUUGUUUAUCUUUUCUUUUGAGCAAAAAAGGAAAAACAAAAAAAGAAGAUAAUAUCAAUUUUCUAGUUUCAUGUGUAUCUUCUUUUUAGCUUCUGGUUUCUUAUAUGGGAGGUUUAGGGUUUUUAUGUUAUGAUGUAAUUUUCUCCAGAGAUUAUAAUGGUGAAUGAUGGUAAAGUAUCA